AUGAGCUUCUUCAAUUCAGUACUCAGCUCCAUCGGCAACAAUGGUCCACAACCUCCCAUGCCACUACCGCGGCCUCAGAUCGAAAGACCAAGCGAUCCGGUUUCUGAGCAGCGUCGCAUCCAGGGCCAGAAUGGCGUCUCGUCAGCCAACACAGACCUGGCCCAAAAUAAAAAGCGCAAGGCGGAAGAUGGAUUAGCAGGUCGAGACGGCAAGAUCGUGAGGAACAGCAUGGCAAGUGGGCAAAUUGCUCGUGCGACACCGUCGACAAAUCCACAGGCAAGAGCCUCAAAGCCUCCCAUCUCGCUCUCGUCUUCUAGCGCUGUAAUGCCUUACCGCGGUACUAGCAGAUUCGACCCGGCUUCUGCUACUCCUACAACACCUACGGGAGACGGUCUGAAGGCACCAAAGAAAGGAUCAUAUGCGGAGAUCAUGGCUCGAGCCAAAGCAAAUCAAUCCAAGCCUCCCGUAGGCACCAUUAGUCAUAAGCCCAAGGAGCAAAUUGCGCCAAGUUACAAGAAGGAGCUGAAAAUGAAAAAGAAGGCGAUGAAGGACAAGAAACUUGGCAUCAAGAAUAACAGCCGCCCCGGGUCUUCCGGUAGUCUGAGCAGCAGUCCGGCUCCAGGAUCUGUAGCGAAUAAGAAGAUUGCAGCUCCGGCUUACAAGGGGACAGCAAAACCCAAACCCCAGCUACCACAACCAACUUACAAAGGAACCAUGAAACCAGCCUCCGCGACUGCCAAGCCCCCAAUUGCGAGAGACCGAGAUGCCAAUCCUCGCAAAUCCCGAUACGACGAAUACGCAGCCACUGACGAGGAUGACUUGGACGACAUCGAAGAGGACGAAUAUGGUUCUGAUGGAUCCGAUGACAUGGAGGCUGGCUUUACGGAUGUGGAACAAGAAGAGACCGUGGCAGAGAAGGCUGCAAGGAAGGAAGAUGAAGACGAGUCGAAGAUGGAAGCAAAGCUCAAGAAAGAGAAGGAGGAGAGAAGGAAGAGAUUGGAGCAGUUGGCUAAGAAAGCGAAGCCGCAGAGGUAUUGA